AUGGGUCUUUCUUUUUCAUUUUUAAUAAUAUUAUUGUUAUCUAUAUUUCUAUCUUUGAGAAUAGAUUCUACAGGUGCGCAACCAACUAUACUGAGUUGUACUGAAAUCAACUUCACAUCAAUUAGCCUGACCACUGGUGAAUUAUUUCAAAGUUAUUUUAUCGAAAGACCACAUAUUGUGCAUAGUUUGUAUAAUUGUAUUGGAAAUGACUAUUAUGUCUUAGAGCGUGGACCUGAUAAUUAUCAAACUGGUUAUUUCAAUAUUUCAAUCCUUAAUGGUGAGACAGGUACAUUUACAACCAAAGCAAGAUUCUAUUUACCUGAAGAUCCAGACUUUGUAUAUCAAUACAACAGUAUAGAUCUUCCAAAUGGAUUAGCAUUCGCAACUUAUUGUCCUUCUAAUAUGUCAAUACUAACAAUAUUUGAUAUGAACUCUCAAACUGCUGAAACAAUAACAACAGAAAAUAGUUGUGAAUUAUAUGCUUUUGGAGCAUAUGAUACUACAAAUCAACUUUAUUAUCUGUAUGGUUUUCAAACAGGAACACUUUCAUCUUUAUCAUUUGGAGUGUAUUCCAUGAUCACCAAAAAAUUCACAUAUUAUGAGAUACCAUUCCAAAUGCAGCAUUGGUCAUAUGUUCAAAACAUUUUCGUCUAUCAAUCAACAGUAAUAUUUAUAGAGAAGCUCGAUUGUUUAGAAUAUUCAAUGAGUCUAAACAUAAUGUUUGGAGUAGAAAUGAAAUCUGGACCUAAUCAUAUCGAUUUUGUGACAACAUAUAGUAAAUUCUUUGUUUUAUCGAAAGACCACAUGUUGUUCUUAGUUUGUAUAAUUGUAUUGGAAAUGACUAUUAUGUCUUAG